GCGCAGGUCGAAGCGGUCGCGCCGAACCACCUGGAAAGGACUCGGAGCUUGGUGAGGGCCUUCCUCUCGGGUCCUGGACCGAAACUGCAACAACGUCUCCUAGAACGUAGACAGAAGACGACCAACUGGGCGACGGAAUGGUGGCUGAACGACAUGUACCUAUCCUGUCCGCUUGCUCUGCCGAUCAACAGCAAUCCCGGACUGGCGGCGAAACCGAAGAGAUUUGCGAACCAGCAGGAGGCGGCGGUGUUCCUCGCGCGAUUCCUCACCGAGCUCCUUAAUUAUCAGGAACUACUGGACAGACAUGGAUUGGAAGUCGAGCGUAUGAAAUCCAAGGAUGGCAAAACCAUGCAGUCGCUUUGUAUGGCGCAACAUUAUCAAAUGUUCCGGAUUUACCGACGACCCGGGGUGAACAGCGACGAGCAGAUCAUCCUGGAUAGAGCGUCCUCCGGUGAUCACAUCAUCGUUGCCCACCACAACCAGUUUUACAACGUGCCAGUGAGAGCGUCGGACCGAGGCCGAAUCACGGAAAACGAAUUGACCCAGCAAUUGUUGAGGAUCAUGGAGACAAAGGCCGAUCCUAGAACUCCUCCGGUUGGAAUUCUCACGACGGCGAAGCGACCAGCCUGGGCGAAGGCGCGGGAGGAGCUGGUAAAAAGUGAGCGCAACCGACACAAUCUGGAGCUGCUGGAGCGUUGCCUCUGCGUUAUCUGCAUCGACGACGACGUGCUGCCGACCACGUUCAACAAUCCCAUCCGGAAGGAGGAUCGAUGGAUCGGCGAUCGGGAUUACGCGAACGUGCUGCAUCACGCUCUUCACGGCGGUGGGUCUCGACACUUGGGCGCGAAUCGCUGGUUCGACAAAACUGUCCAUGCCAUUUUGGGCAAGGACGGAAUGUGGGGAUUGUCUUACGAGCAUUCCGCCGGCGAGGCACCGGCUAUCUUCACAGCUUUCGAGGAGAUCACGGAGAAGGUGGACUCCAUGUCACCACCCGACGAGAAUCUGGUGCCCUCGCAUCUACCAGCCCCCGAAAAGCUGGAGUGGAGUCUCACUGAGCAGAGUCUGAACGACAUUAGAGAAGCAAUGACGAACUUCGACGCGCUCGUAGAAGACUUGGACCUCUGUAUUCUAUCGUUCGAGGAUUAUUCGAAGGACUUCAUAAAGACCUGCAGAGUCAGCCCGGACGCGUACAUCCAACUGGCACUUCAACUUACGUACUUCAGGCUCCAUGGGAAACUCGUGGCCACCUACGAGAGCGCCGGCAUCCGGAGGUUUGCGAUGGGCCGCGUCGACUGCAUCCGAGCCGCCAGUCCGGAAGCGUUGGCGUGGGCGAAGGCGAUGUGCCAAGGCGACCCUCAGGGUCAGAUGAGCCAGUCGAGCAACGCCGCCGUAGACGGAAGCCCGAAAAGAUGCCACGAAAAGUUUCGGAGUGCUUGGUCGUAUUGCCCGUUUGCAACAAAUGCAUCCUCCUAUAACAAGGCGGAAAGGAUCAAGGAGCUGUUCGACCUAGCGGUGCAGAGGCAGACCAAGGAGAUGAACGAUAACAUAUACGGCCUGGGUAUCGAUAACCACCUGAUGGGGCUGCGCUACGCGGCGAAGGAGGCCGGCGAGCAGAUCCCGGAAAUCUUCACGGACGAAGCUUACGCGAUCGUUAAUCACUUCGCCCUCUCGACGUCACAGGUGACCACGAAGAACGACGUGAUCGCCGGAUACGGGCCGGUAGUGCCGGACGGUUACGGAUGUGCGUAUAACGUGAGGAAGAACGGUUUCGUCUUUUCAGUCUCAGCAUUUCACAGCGACGGCCGGACCAGCGCGAUACAGUUCGCGCAAACGCUGGAGCAGAGCCUGCGGGACAUGGCAGCUAUGCUGAAGAACUCAAAGAAGUGAUAGACGCGAUAAAUGCAGUAGCGUUGUCACAGCGUAGAGCCGCGCGAACGCUUGUUUUUCUCGCCGGUGAAAUAGGAGCGAUCGAAGUAGGAGAGCGUGAGCUUCGCGGAUCGCACGAGGGUGGUUCGAAACGCGAAAAGGUGUCCAUUUUCAAUUGUUCAUUACCAUGUAUCAGAUUUGAAAGAUCUCGGCGUCAGAAUUGUCUGACUGUAAUCAAAAUGAGAAAGAGCCCUGUUAUUUUAUUUAGACUUUUCACGGUAAAUUUUACUUGAGUUUGAAUGUUGUUGCCAGAGAAUGACGACGAGGCGAAACAGAGAGCGCAACUUUCGAAGCACCCUUGCACAAUAAAGAAUACUCGUCGUGUAGAUAGAAGGAAACGAGUGCAUAGAUGUAGCACAAAGAAGAAAGAGAGAAACAGAGCGAUUUAGAUGUAACUAACUCUCGCACAAUUCGUUAAACAUAUCACUGAUUUGAUAUAAUAAUCUUUAGAGAAUAUAUAGAAGAGAAAGUAGUGACAUGGAUACUAGUGACACACAUAGUAACAAAAGAAAAAAAUGAAGAAGAAGAAGAAGAGGCUUCGUCGAAGCGCGCAAAUUCAUCGAAAGCUGUCUCGUAAUCCUUAGGACGUGUUUCUUCGUUUUACGUGAGCUAAUAGUAGAUGUGAAUCUCUCGUUGUUCGUUUUCUAGGGGAAUACGUACAAAAGCACAUACAUACAUACGCGCACUCGCGUGGUCUCACUCACGUUUACAGCGAAUUGAAAGAUUCUUCAGCGAUAGCCGUUUAGUAGGAGAGUGUGUUGUAGAUCGAACGGUCGUCUUAAAUCUUUAGUCCACUCAAGUAAAGUUUCUUACGCGUGCGUUAUGCCCGUGCGCUGGAAAAAUCACCCUCCUGCCGCGUGUUUGUUUCACGUUCCUAGGAAUUCAGAGAGAAGAAGCUCAUGAAAAGUUGUUUUUUUCUGAUCGAGUAUGGGAAACGGAUUAUGUCACUAAAUCUUGGUUUCUGCAAGAAGAAAUAUCAUAUAUUUCUAAUCUUUCUUCAUCGUAAAAAGAAAUUGAGCUUUAAAAGAAGAUAUUUGAAAAGUACUCAUUGUAAGGAUGCUCGAACCGUUUUCUUCGCGUAUUCACUAAUUAUUCUUGUUGCUCAUGUCUUCACAGAUCAGCUGAGAGAUCACUUUGCUUCAGAGACGUUCAAUUAUGUAGAGUUUCAUGGACAAUUUCGUUAUUUGGCGGAAUUUUUCAGCGCGUGGGACUCGUCUGCCGCAGGAACACUCUAAAUGUGGCCAAUCGUACGUAUGUUGGCGCCCGCACAGUAAACUCUUGUCCAAUUCUUAGGUAGGUCGGCGAAUCGCACCACUCGGUUGUCAAGAGUCGGUCGAUCGUCGACGGUAUAGCUCUAUCUGUCUAUCGCGCUAUUCUUCUACUUCCUACAACUUAUAUUGUAGUCGACCGUCUGUACGUGCCAGGAAUUGGGAUCACUACCAUAGAUUUCCAUGUAACGAGAUUAUUAACACAAUGUAUAAUAAUAAUUGCAUGUGUAAUUAAUAUGUUAAUUAUACGUAAUAAUUCGUGAUAUAAUUUCAUCUAGUUGAAAUUUCAAUACUAUAUAUGGAUAUUUACGUUGAUUUGUGGCAACGAAAAUAUGUUAAUAAGUAAAGUGCAUCGUAUCUGUUAAAAAUUAAAUUCGUCCUAGUGAUCCCGAAUCCUGAUACGUAUUGAUCUUGCAAAUGAAGGAGGUAGAGUUCUUCUGCAAUUUAGAUAAAUUUAUUGCUCGAUGCAUUUAUUGUCGUGCUGACAUUGUUGCGCUCGUAAUAGGCUUAAGGUGUCUGCGUGCUGUUGUUUAUUCAGACGGGAAUAUGAUGCAGGGAGCCAAACGAUAACUUAGCAUUUUAAGACUACGAGAUGUCCCAUUCCUGCCGCAUCAUUUUUUAAUGACAGAUUUUUUAUUUUAUUUGAAUCAAUUUAGAGUGUUAAUUCACUUCAAUCCAUCAAUCAUCCAUAUUUUUUAAAAUAAUGUUCAAUUAGAAAUAAGCUUUCCGCGAAUUAAUUUUCUAAAAAGAAAAUAUAAACGCCAAAAUCCUUUAAUUCUAGAUAAACUCUCACAAAUCUUAACUUGAAUCUUAAAUUGAUAAAAACAUCUUUUAGAAAAUUAAAAGCUGUUAUAAACAAUAAUCUCUCUCGAUAUUCCCAUGAAGAAAAAUCAAGAGCUGACUGAAGAAAGAAUCUGCCAUAAAAAAAUGAUACAGUUAACAUGGGACAUUCUAUAUACAUACUAUGCUUUUUCUUCAAAGUUACGGAAAAUUUAUUGCAUAUCCACCUGCGAUACAUAUCAGAGCGUGUCAGCGCCAUAUAACUGAAAUCAUCUUCGUAGACCAGUUCUAUCGCAUGAUGAUCCAACUUUACUGAAUAGCGUUUAAGUUAUUAUUCCGCUGAAACAAUCAGAAGGAAUUCCUCAAUUCUUCGGCUCUGCGAUUUAGAUAAUUCAGGCGAUGCUUUUGGGUUCGCCUCGUCCUCUCGUACAGGAACGUUACUGUUACUGAUAGAAAAUGCGUGAUAGCUCUAGUCGACGUGUAACGGCGAUCAGCAGGAAUCGCCCCUCGUCACAGCCACAAGCUCUUAGAUGCCUCUUGAUACUAGUUGAUUAAAAUACAAUUCUAGUUAAUUAAAAAGUAGACAGUUAAGGGAAAACUCUGAAACCGGAGACACAGAAACAAGGAAAGCUUUUCAUCGUCAGAUGUGCGCAAGGGAGACGACGCAUGUUCGAGAUGAGUAACGCGGAUUUGUCAAUUUGUCGCAUUCCAUUGUGAUUUAUCACUUAAUUAAUUUUCCGUACAAAUCUAAUGGCGAAAGAUCGCUUCAUUGCGACUUUCGCGUGUCUCCCCCGUCUCCUGUGUCUUUUCCUGUUGUCUUGUUGUCAGGUAAGACGGAUUUGUUAAUGUUAUUAUAUCAUAUUUUAUGGAAUCGCAUCAGACUGAUGUUUUAGCGCAGCGUUGGUUUAAUCCACGUUUGCGAAAACUUGAGGAAUCAUAGAGAGAUCUCAGUUUGAUUUUCUGCAAAAGUAGUUUAGUCAACUUCUUCAAGGAAGCAGAUUAUUGUUGAAUUUGUUUGUUUAAUUGAUAUUUAAAACGUAAUGUAUAUUAUGAAUUACACUGAUAUUAAUUGCAAAUUUUUUACAAAGAAUUUUUUACGAAUGCAUAAAAUUUCUAUACAUUCCAAUGUACUUUUUCAUAAUGUACAUGCCUGAAGAACCAUUGAUGAUAGCGUGCAAUACCUACCAUUCAGAAUCACGAGAAAGCGAAUUUUACAUAUUACUAAUUGUAAGUUUCAACAAGUUUUAACGAGAGUUUUAUAAGUUAAGUUUGAAAUACUCUAACACUGUAAGUAUCGAUAUUGAUAUUUCUUCGCUUAGUUGUGUUACAGUUAAAGCAAUUUUAUUGUUCGUAUCAAAUUGGCUCUGCGAAGUUUCAUCGCGUUCUGGCUCUUCCGCUUGUUAAAGACUCGUUCCGUCUCUUCGUAAUUUUAUCUACGUUUUAUCUAGAUUUUAGAGAGAAUUUUAUCCACGUUAUCGUUAACUUUCGGUUCUAUGAGUCGUGAAACAUCAUGAGUUGCGCAUUUACAGAAGUUUAUUGGGAAAAUUGAUUGAUCACGAAGAAGUACGAGCACAGCGCCUCUCCGUUAGUUAUUGUUAAUGAAAGAAGAGUGGCGAAAGAUAAACGAACAAAAAAAUAUAUAUAUCUGUGUAUAUUGUACGCGUGCACUCGAAAGUACAUACAUGUUCUCGCGUAUGCAGGGUGUGACUAAACCGUAAGUACCAUUGAGGGCACUUCGCCAGCCAAUUCGCACGAAGAUUCGGAAACGUUUGUUCCUAAUUAUACAAAUUUUUAUUUAAAUGUAAUGUAUUAUAUAUAAUAGUUAUAACUUAUAAUAAUAUAAUAUAUUAAUACAUAAUAUAUUAUAUUAUUAAGUAGAAAAUAAAGAAAGUAAAUAUAUUAUAUCAUAUAAAAAAAGAAUAUAUAUCAAUUACAAAUUAUGUAAUAUAUAUAUACAUAUACAUAUUAGUUAUGUAUAAAGUUAAUACUUAUCCGACAUCUUCCCGAUGCGAGACUCGUUAUCGAAGUAUCUCGACCCUCGUCUGUUUUAAUCGCAUCCCUGUGCACGCAUGACACAUGCAAGUGUUCUCUAUUAGACCUAAGAGAAAGAGAGAAACCUGUUAUUAAUUAGCUUAAGGGAAAAAGAAAGUACGAUUAGAGAUACUCUACUUAUACAUAUCGCGAAGUUAUUGUGAUCGCACUUUUGCGGCCAAGAAUACUAUACACAUAUCAGGCGAAAGCCAACGUAGCGACGAUUCUAUUCCGGGAUAUAAAGCAUAUCCUGAUGAAUCGAUAGGAAUGUGCUUACACGAAUGUAUUGUAUAAUGUACGAUAUUAUUCGAGAGUUCUAAGUAGGGGAUAGAAAUAUAUCAAUGCGUUGAAAUACCCGUUGUUUUUGGAGUGACGUCAGUUGUGAAUUUGCGUGAACCGCGACGAAAAAUUCCUAAAAAUAACAAUUUCCGGUUAUUAAUCGACUCGUUCAUUCAGUUCGCGAUUGUGGAGAAUAAAAUAAUUAUUACAACAAUUAGCCUUAGGUUUUAAAUGGAAUCUAUGUGACAUUUACGUAAAGAUUAAUCCUCAUAGCUCCAAAACUUUAUAAGCAAUCGGUGUUUAUAAUUAUAAAUUAUAGAAAUAUUGUUUCUAUGCGUUAAUUAUACUAGCAUAUAUAUUAUAAACUGUACUAUGUUAAGACUGUUAAUGUUAGCGUCGCAGAGAGAUAAAGCAUAAUAAGAAUCAAGACUAUAUAAUUAAUAAAUAUAUAAUUAGUGAUGUAUAUUUGUUAAAAAGUAAUGUUAAUAGCAUUAAUAGUGUAGGAUGCGCCUUAUGGAACUAUGAGGAUUCAAAAUAAUUCAUGCAACUCUCGGUGAGUCGUAAAUUAAACAGAACUUCUAAAAA